AAUAUAAAUAUUUCAUAAAGAGAAUCAAAUAUAAAUAUUUCAGGUCUUGAACUCCUCUCUUUUGUAAAGAGAUAACAUGUAUUGAUAUUAGUAGAUGUAUAAAAUGAAUUGAAGGUUGUUCUUUCAAUACAAUUUAUAAUGCCUAAAUUUGAAUUUUUAGAAAUUAUAUUGAUUAUUCAAUUGAAAUUAAAAUAUUUUAUGUAUAAUAUAUUUUAUAGAUAUAAUAUUUGUAUGUUAGUAUUUUAGAUAAUAUUUUUUUUAAGGCAUUAGUUUAAAAUUAUUUGCAACAAAUAAUUUAGUUUGUAAUUUAUUUAAGAAUUAUUUGAUUAUUACAUGAUUUAUUAUUAAAUAUUGAUAUUUUCAUAUAUGAUUGAUAUUUUAAAUUAAACUAUCACAACUAAAACUAUUUUAUAUAUAAUUUAAAAUUAUACACUAGUUCUUGUUUUCUUAUUGUUGUGUGCCCUUAUACGUAUGGAAAAGGUUCAUCUAAUUGUUUAGAGGUAGCCUAUUUCAUUUCAGAAAAAACAUUCUCAUCAUCUAUUUCUAUCUUUUAAUGUGAUAAAUGAGUAUAAAAUCCUCCCCAUCAAAAUAGAUUAAACUUUAAUGCAUCAAUAUAACUUAAUCCAAUGUUUGUGUUAUAAAUCUAUAGGUAGAAAUAAUAUUUGUAGAUUUUUGUAAUAGUGAGUUCUUCAUUUUUAUAUUAUUUUUAUUUAAUUUUAUGUUAAUUUUGGAGGAUUGUUUAAAAUAUGAAUAUGUAAAUAAGCUAUGUAAUUUUAUUCAAGGUUCAUCUUAUUCUCUAUUUAUUUUUAUAUACAUAUAGCCUCAUACAUUUGUUUAAAUCACAUACUUCUCUCAAUGCCAAUAAUCUUUAGAUAUAAUUUAAAUCUUUAUGUUCUUCGAGUAUUCAAGGAGGAAAACAAAAACUAUUUGUAAACACAAAAGAUCUCUAUUGAUUAUUUUGAUGGGAGAACUUUAAUUUUUAGAAAUGAUUCAUUCAUACAUAUUUACUAAACUAGGUCAAGUCAAGCUAACAUUACCCAUAGAACAUCCUUAGCAAGCAUGAGAACUAGUGGAGGCUCAAGGCAUGGAAGAGUUAGCCUUCCCUAUAGUAUUAUCCUACAUAUUCUCUACUUUGUCUCUAACGAUCUUGUGUAUAUGUAGAGCAAAUUUAGAUUUACUAUAGAGCACCAUUCCUUGAUCCCAAUGUAGUACUUUUCCACCAAAUAUAAUUGUUUUAGGAUAUUUAUUUGGUUGUUGGUACCAUCACCCCUACUCGAGGGAGGUUGAAAUCCAAUCACACAUCUUUUAAACUCUCCUACUCUUCUUUCAAAACACCCCAUCUACAAAAUUUGUCAAGACUUCUUUGUAAUCAGCUUCGUUCAAUAAGAAAGAAAAUUUGUCAACUAGAUAACUAACUUGUAUUUAACUCUUUAUUGUGUAUAAUUACAUAGUAUAAUUGAAAACAAAAAACUAUAGAAUUGAGAACAUAGAUUUGUUGUUUGUCCAAUAGUUUCUUCCCCUACCCAUACAUUUUAAGUUGCUAUAUAAACGCAUCCAUUAAUUUUUCCCAUACUUUGAAAGACAAGACAAGCAGGUCUCCAAAGUCUUGUGAAUUGUUGUCAAUAUAAAAAUGCCGUCCCCACACUCUGAUUUGAUAUUUUGGCGAGACUCACAUAUUACAACCUGAUCUACAAAUUCAAUCACACAACUGAUCCAACAUUUUUGGGUAAACAUCAAUUGUUUUGUUAUUGCACUUGUGUACGCAUUCAUAAUUGUGGGGUUCGCCGACCACUUGCCACCAUCUUUAUCUUACGUAACUUGCCGCCCAUUCUGAGUAGGGUUCCACCUCAACCAAAUAUCUCUAUCGCUUUAGGCAGUACAUUUUUCCAGUGACACCCAUGCCUACAGUUUAUAGUGUGUCAUAGCCCAAAAGCUGGCAAACCUGCACGGUUGGCAUUUCCUAGUUUAUGCUCCACACCAUACCUCUGUUUCCCACAACUCUCUUUCCCUAUGCUCUGCAAAUUGACUGAUCAACCUUUCCAACCAAAAGACUUAUAAAGUAGCAAUAAAUUAGAAUAGAAGAUUUGUAAUGUAUAUGGGUUAAAAAAGGUCGAGUUUAUGAUUAAUAUGGUUUUGGUUUGUUAGUAAAGUUGAAUUGUUUCGUAUGAGUUUCGGUAUUCAAGAUCAAGUUUUGUUUAAUGUUAGAUCUUAAUAUCAUAAAUGAUGAGAUCAGAAAUAUGUCCGGGAUGAUUUCAGUGGAAUGAAAAUUCUUCAAUUUUUGGCUUCCAACUAAAGAGGUUUCAGUCUAAGUUUGGUACACUCAUAUGAAUAGUUUGAGAGUUUUGAUAUUAAAUCCUUAAAAAAAGAAGAGUGGAGUUUAUGGGAUAAUAGGAUUUUCUCAUUUUUGCUUUUUGAAGUGUUUAUCUUUUGCUAUUCAAUUUGAUAAUGAACUCUUUAAUCCUCUCAACCAUCUCUUCGCUAAAAGAUCUUGAAAUGAAAUUGUCGCUAAAUUAUUUGUAUACUUGACCUGGAUGUCAUUAUAAGCUUUACAUUUCAAAAUAAUCUUUUGUAUCCAUUGUCCCAAUUGUGUGAAAGAUACAAAUUUUCUCUUCUCAAAUCUUUAUUGGCCAUUUCUAUCUUAAUCUAUUUCACACCAAAACAAACUAGAUAAUCUCUGCUCUCGAAAGAAAAUUGACCUCUAAAUAGACCUUUGGUUGAUAGAUAGAAGUGAGGCUAAAUUCUUCAAGAUAAUAUCCUUUUUUUUAAUGCAUUUUUUUCUACGAAGACUUGUUAAUUUUUUUUAAAAAAUUUUUGUUAGUUCUUUGUCAUUAGUGAAGCAACAUUCCAGUGAAUGUGACAUUUGCUUAUUCGCCUUUAGUUUUGUUUCAUCCAUGGCAUUUUUUAUUUUGCUCAAGACAUCUUUAAAGACAACAAGGAGCCAAUAAUGUACCUCAAUUUGCUUGAUAUUUUUAGACAUCUUAAAAGACAGGCCAUAACAAUUGCUUCGAUAAGAAUUGCACCUAUUUUAGCUAAAAGAAUCUCACAUGAGACCUAAGUUCUUUACUCGAAUUUGUUUUGGAUCAUGUAUUUUUGGAUUCUCUCUACUUACAUACAUUUGGUGUGUGAAGUGCUGCUAGUUCAUAUUUCCCACCAAUAAAGCAUCAGUGAAUUACUAAUAGCUCAAAUAGAAUUCGAAUACUUUACCUUCAUACAUUUAUUUUGAAGAGCAAAAACAAUCUCCAUCUUUCCAAAUUUCUCUUCUUUAUACAAAUUUUCCAACUAAACUUCUAAGAGUCAAUCCUAAAAUAGUUAUCCUCCAAUAUUCUUUUUCUUUUUCUUUUUCCUUCUACUAAGAAUAUGCUAAUUUUACAUACCCACAUUUAUCAAAUGCUCUUACUAUGCUCUUACUCAUUUCCAGCUAGAAGAAUUUCUUUCUAAUAAGAAUAUCAUGAUUUUGCAUACCCACAUUUUUCAAAUGCUCUUCUAAUCAAUCCAACAAAAAGUGAGUUGGCCACUUUUCACUUUGGUAUCUUCCUGUGAGUUUCAACUCUGAGAAUAGGUAAAGAAUGUCAUUUACUUACAGAGGAUAUCUGAUAUCUGUGGGGACAUGACUGGUGAGUCUAAAGUACAGUGACCAACGUGGCAAUUCUCUAUUAGGGUAUGGCACUGGUGGGAUCCAGCAGCCCAAAGCGCGUCCCCAUUACGUCUGUGUCUCAUGGCAGUUUCCUACCACCCACUUGAUGCAUAAUUUAUUGCAUUCAAACCAAACCCUCCGUCCUCCUUUAUGUGACUUUCACAUCUCAGUGGGACGGUGUUCUCACUUUCUUUAGUGUAUAUAUAUAUAUCCAUAACGGACUCUUCUGGACAAGAAUUGCAAUUAAUAAUCUAGACAGCCAACACUAGGCAUCAUAAUUUGCUGAACUAGAUAUAUUUUCCCUCAAGGAUUAGUUGAUUUGGACGAGUGGAGAUGAAUCCGGGAGGAACUCUGGAAUAUUUCUCAGAUCUAUUUCGGCGUAGUUCAAGGCAUAAGAAGCAAAAAACCUUUCAGACAGUUGAGCUGAAGGUCCGGAUGGACUGUGAUGGGUGCGAGCUCAAAGUGAAGAAAGCUCUUGAGCAUUUGUCAGGUGUGCAAACGGUGGAUGUAAACAGAAAGAUGCAGAAGGUCACAGUUACAGGGUACGUUGAACCAAACAAGGUGCUGAAGAAAGUGAAAGCCACAGGCAAAAAGGCAGAGAUUUGGCCAUACGUUCCCUACAACUCUGUAACACAACCUGUUGUGACUGCACAGAGCUAUGACAAGAAAGCACCAGCUGGGUAUGUGAGAAAAGAGUCUUUCAAUACUGGGGCCAACUCCAACCGCCCAGAUGAACAGUAUGGGGCUAUGUUCAGUGAAGAAAAUCCAAAUGCAUGCACCGUUAUGUGAUUUUUUUUUUACCUGAAAAGAUUGCUUUGUAAUAUGUAAAAUAUUAGUUUUCCAUAUGUCAGUCCUCAGCUUCAGGACUGUGUUAGGAUUUGUAGGGGUGAGAAUGGAACCUUGGACUGGCAGUGGAAUAAUAUUUUACUGUAUGGUAAAUAGUAUUGGGUUUCCAGAACAGAAUUGUAAUUUUUUGCUGGAUUGGUGAAUUAUACCGUCUUGUCGCUACUUACUAGUAAAGAUUUGAUAGAAAUGAAUCUGAUUUCGUAUCUAUUUCGGAUCCAAUUAUUGAUGGGUAAAUUUUGUAAGCACCUUAACGUGCGGUUCACGUCGUGAACGUGGGGGUCGCUUUCAAGAUGGGAUAUUUAGUCAUGCACAUGUGAAGUCAUGAAUGCGAUGAGCUGAUUUGUUGAAGAUCGAGUCGAUACCUAAAUUAAUGGAAUUGCCAAAAGAUCUAACCAUGUUGGCCUUUAAGAUA